AUGAGCUCCUCCACCGCCCAAACACCAAGCCAAGGCAAUGGUACGGCACAGCCCACAGCCAGCGCGCUCCGAAGGACAGCCAAGCCCAAGCACAUGAACGGCCCCCUCUACAAACAGGCGAACAGUAAUGUCGUCCUCGUUCGCCGGCUCAAGAGGAGAGACGAGGGCCCAAUGAAGCAGCUGACCCGGUGGUUCGUCAACAACCAGAUCGGCUUCUCGUUCAAUCUUCUUGCCCUCCUCUUCCUUGUCCACGGUGGAAUGCCCCGUGCGCGAACCCACACAGCCAAAUACUUCCACCUCUCCUACUACAACACGAACACGGGGAAUUACGGUCUGGGCUGGGCCGAUGGCCACUUCAUCCUGUUCUGCAUCGUGCUCCUGACCGGCCUGCGCGCUGUCACCAUGGAGUACAUCCUUGCGCCCUUUGCCAAGUCCCAGGGCAUCUCCAAGAGGAAGGACAUUACCAGGUUUAGUGAGCAGGCGUGGAUGUCCAUCUACUACGCCGUGUACUGGCCCCUUGGCUUGUACAUUUACUACAAGUCGCCGGCCUACCUCGACCUGCAUAAGCUCUGGACAAGCUGGCCGGACCGCGAGCUGACGGGGCUCAUGAAGGGCUACAUGCUCUCGCAGCUGGGCUUCUGGCUGCAGCAGCUCUUCGUCAUCAACAUCGAGGAGCGCCGAAAGGACCACUGGCAGAUGUUCACGCACCACAUCGUCACGAGCGUCCUGAUCUAUGCCUCAUAUCGUUACGGUCACACGCGCGUGGGCAACCUCAUUUUGGUCCUGAUGGACGUGUCGGACCUGGCCCUGGGGAUCGCCAAAUGCCUCAAGUACCUCGGCUACCACACCAUCUGCGACGUCAUGUUUGGCGUCUUUCUGACCUCGUGGCUGGUCGCACGCCACAUCCUGUACCUCAUGGUGUGCUACUCGGUCUGGGCGCACACCCCCGAGAUCAUGCCCACGGGCUGCUUCCGGGGUCGUGACCGGGACAACCUCACGGGGCCGUUCGACCCGCCCACCACGACCGACGCGGGCGGCGCGCUUCUCGCGAGCUACCGGUACCUCUUUGAGCCGCUGUGGGACUCGGAGGGCCUGUUCUGCUACAACGAGACGGUCAAGUGGAGUUUCCUCUCGAUGCUGCUGUUCCUGCAGUGCCUGACCAUCAUGUGGUUCACCCUGAUUGUGCGGGUUGCGGUCAAGGUGCUCAAGGGGGCGCCCGCUGAGGACGUGCGAAGCGAUGAUGAGGGUGAGGGCUGUGGUGGCGGCGGUGGUGAGGACGACGAGGAGUUUGUGUAUGAAGAGGCGCGGCCGCUUGAGGAGGAGGUCGGCGUCGAGGAAAUUGACCUCCGCAACUGGGAGCGGAGGACGGGCGUCAAGAGGGCGGAGCGGUCGACGACUACGGGUGUCAGCCUGCCGGGCCACAGUGAUCGCAAGGAGCUCCUGGGGAGGAUCGGGUGUGAGAAGCAGGUCGAGUGA